AUGGCCCGUGGGGCCAAUAUUCUACCUCCUAGUAUCUUGGGAUUUUUUUAUUUUUACAUUCCAAGCAUGCCAAGAGAAAAAGAUUCAGAUUCCAACUCCAAUUCUGAGUUAUUGGACCUGUUAGAUCCAUCGACAUCAGACAAAAUUGUCGGAAAAAUUUCUGUUUCAUGCUCUGUUGAGGAUCCAAUUGAAACAGAAAAGAGUUUUGCAAGGCGCAUCUUAUCUAUAGUGGAUUAUAAUGAAGAUGGAAAGCUUUCCUUCUCUGAAUUUUCUGACUUAAUUAAUGCUUUUGGGAAUCAAGCGGCAGCCAACAAGAAAGAGGAGAUGUUUAAAGCUGCUGACAAGAACGGGGAUGGUGUUGUUAGCAUGGAUGAGUUGGCUGCCCUUCUUGCCAUUCAACAAGAAAAGGAACCACUAAUGAAUUGCUGUCCUGUUUGUGGUGAGACUCUUGAAGUUUCUGAUAAGCUGAACUACAUGAUACAUUUGACCCUAUGUUUCGAUGAAGGAACUGGAAAACAGGUCAUGACUGGAGGAUUUUUGACUGAUAAACAAGCUUCUUAUGGGUGGAUGUUUAAACUCAGUGAAUGGGCCCAUGUUUCAUCUUAUGACGUUGGUUUAAAUUCUGGAUCGAGUGCUAACCAUAUUGUGGUAUUUGAUCGGAGGACAAAGAGACUGGUGGAAGAACUAAUAGAUGAAAAGAUUGUGUUGUCAAUGAGAGCCAUUUACCAAUCAAAACUAGGGCUUGGCCUCCUGGAUACAGGGGCAAAGGAUAUCUUGCAGAGCCUCUCUGAAAAGCAGGGGAAGAAAAUGAACUCAGUGGAAUCUGCUAAAGAUAUACCAAAAUUUGUCGAGUUUUUUAAGGAUCAAAUCAAUUUGGCUGAAGUCAAGCACCCUUUGGAACAUUUUAAGACGUUUAAUGAAUUUUUUGUGAGAGAGUUAAAGCCUGGAGCAAGACCCAUUGCCUACAUGGAACGUGAUGAUGUUGCCAUAUCUGCUGCAGAUAGCCGUCUUAUGGCAUUCAAAUCUGUUGAUGAAAGUCUGAGAUUUUGGAUUAAGGGUCGAAAAUUUUCAAUUCAAGGGCUUUUGGGGAAAGAUCAAUGUUCCAAUGCUUUCAUCAAUGGAACAUUGGUAAUAUUUCGUUUGGCACCGCAGGAUUAUCAUCGUUUCCAUUUUCCUGUUUCUGGAACUAUUCAACAGUUUGUACAUAUACCUGGAUGUUUAUAUACGGUUAACCCCAUAGCUGUGAAUAGCAAGUAUUGUAAUGUUUUCACUGAGAAUAAGCGAGUAGUAUCAAUUCUAUCAACUGCUGAAUUUGGAAAGGUGGCUUUUGUUGCCAUUGGUGCAACUAUGGUUGGCAGCAUUACCUUUUCAAAGAAGGAGGGUGACCAUGUUAAGAAAGGAGAAGAGUUUGGCUAUUUCUCAUUUGGUGGAAGCACUGUAAUCUGCGUCUUUGAAAAGGAUGCUAUUGAGAUAGAUGAGGACCUCCUAGCAAAUAGUGCCAGAUCACUAGAGACCUUGGUUACUGUUGGGAUGAAGUUAGGUGUCUCCAAGAAACUAGCCAAUAUUGGGUUGCCAAACAUAGAAAAAUGUGUGUUGCAAGAUUGA